CUCAUGCUACAUUGAGUUUUACUCAAAAAUUUUACCAAAUUGAGGGAGACUCAAACUUUUAGUACUAAAUGUUUUUGCGGUUUGUUUUGCUUUUCACAAUUUACAGCUAUGGCAUUAGCGAAACUUCUUCUCAAAUUUGUGCUUAUAUUUGGGUUUGUCCAUUGGAAUUCCCUUUCUGUGAAUGUAAGUAAGUUUCUAUUGGCAGGAGAUCACAUGACUGUUGCAUAACAUGCUUAAGAUGUGGUAAAAGAAAUCAAUUCAUAUUAAUUUAGUGUAAUUGCUUGUGAGGUCGUAUCCAUUUAACAUUUUAGUUCAUCAAACCAAACAUUAUCCCACUGUUUUUUUGAAUUUUGUUCUUUGAAUCCAUUGUAUUUUGAAAAGGGUAGGAAGGGGUAAAGGAGCGAACCCCUAGGACAUGACCAUAGGAUUCCUUACCCUCUGUGAUACGGUCCGCUGAGAGGUGCUCUUGCGAGACAGACACUGAACCGGAGGGAGACAACCCGACACCACAGGCCCGCUAGGGCACGAGGUGCGCAUGGGUUCCCUCUUACAUGGCAUCUGGUUCUUGAAUCACACACUGUAUUUACAGAAUUGAUACGCUGUGAUUACAACAUUCAGUUUCUUCUCGUUCUUAAAUCGAACUCCACAUUUCAUUCCCUGGGAAGGAAAAUUAGUGAAGAAAAUAGGGGUUGUGUUGGUAAAUUUGGUGCAGUUGGGAAAAUUAAGUGAAGAAAAUAUGGGUUGUGAGGGUAAAAGACUUUCUGACAAGAUUCUUUUCCCUUGGCUAUUAGCCUGCAGUGUACAGAUCUUGGAUUUCAAGAGGACCCAUAUGGGCCAUAUCCGAUUUUGGGCUGUUCAAAGCCACUGUUCCAUUUGUUCUGUAUCUUCUGUUUUAGCUUUCUGAGAUUCCUGGGGAGCCUUUUCGGCAGUUGUAAAUUGAAAUUUAUGUGACAGCUGGAAUUCUCAUCAGAGGUCCAAGAAAACCAUUCAAUGUAUCAACAACUACUUUGCCCAUUUUCUCAAACCAAGUUGGCAUCAUUAUUAUCUACUAGAAAACCCAUCUGGCCUUAGCUUUCCGCAGGGGGGCUAUAUCUGGACUCUAAAAUAUGUGUAGCUAAAUGGUGGGUUGGGUACUCAAAAGUGUAAUGCUUGUCCACAAUGCAAUUGUUCUGGUGGCAACAUCUGGCCCUUCUUGUUCUGUUUCAUUUUUUGGAACCCUUUAGAUUGAACCACAAACUACAAGCUGAAGCUUUAUUUGGUUUCAAGAGCACAGUCGGCAAUUCUCGACAUUUGGCUGGGAGAAUCAGGAGAUAUCCUUGUGGGGGAGAACGGGAAUGCAUUUACCAUCAGAAACUGGAAGACCGGGGAGUAACUGUUCCUUGGUUUCCUAGAUUCUAUCCACUUUCUCCACAGAUCAGAAAAUCAACAAUCGCAGAAACAGUUGGUGGGGAUAACAGUGUUCCAACAUUCACGCCUUUGCCAGAAGCUCAAGUUAAGAAACCAAGUAAACGGAAAGUAGCUGCAAUUAUAGGUGGUAUUGGUGCGGCUUUGCUUGUGGUAGUCACUGGAGUUACUGUCUGCUUCUGUUUGAUGCGUCUAAAAAGACUAAUAAGGAGGGCAUCUGAUACAGCUUCUUCUGUGCCAUCGCCUCGUGUUCUGCGGGCAAGGGAAGAUAUUUCCCCUGGUUCUGGUGCUGUUUCUCCCUAUGAUACAUUCAAUCUAUGGCAAUUAUCAAUUCUGGAGCUUGAGCAGGCUACGGGCAACUUCAACCAAAUUAAUCUUGUAGGAGAAGGUUCAUUUGGCUUAGUAUACAAAGGGUUACUAGGUGAUGGAUCUAUUGUGGCUAUCAAGAGAUGCCUGCACUGCCCGGUUCAGUAUUUUGUGAAUGAGGUAACGCGCAUAGCUAGUGUUCACCAUCGGCAUCUUGUCAAGCUUAUUGGGUAUUGCAAAGAGAACUAUCAGCAGUUUCUUGUCUAUGAUUAUCUUCCUAAUGGAAAUGUUGGGAAUCAUUUAUACGACAGUGAAGGUUUGCCUAUUGGAAAGCUAGACAUGAGGCAAAGGCUGAUAAUUGCUUUAGGCGCGGCAAAAGGACUUGAGCAUCUUCACUCUUUGGUGCCCCCUAUCCUACACAUGCACUUCAGGACAAGAAACGUCCUUGUGGAUGAAAGUUUUACUGCCAAAGUUUCUGAUUUUGGACUCUCAAAUUUGCCGAUGGAGGGUUACUAUGCUGAAUCAUCCUCAGCGGUUGACUGCUUUCGUGAUCCUGAGUUGAGAUCGUCGCACGACUUUUCAGAGAGAAGCGACGUGUACAGUUUUGGCAUCUUUUUGCUGGAGUUGAUCAGUGGACGUGAAGCACUUGGCAGGAAUCAUUCAGACGUGCAAGAAAAUCUAGUGUCGCAGGCCAAGGGCACUCGUGAUAUCGACAAUUUCGUUGACAAGACGGUAAAGGACCACACACUGCACGCGGUUCAACAAAUGAUGGAACUAGCAUUGCUUUGUCUAGAUACUGGUACAAGAAGACCGGUGAUGAGGAGAGUCGUCGAAGAGCUAGAGCGAAUUCGAGCAACGGAAAUAGGUCAUUUGCAUUCUGGUGGUCUAGGUGAAGAGAUUGGCAUGGUUACUCUAGGUAGUGAUCUUUUCAAAUAAGCCUCACCACCAUGGUCUUCUACCAUUCUUUUUCAUUGGGAUUCAUAAUUAGUAAUUACAGAAUAUACAAAAGAACCCCUAUUGUCAAGUAGUUUUUCUCAUCAGGCAAUAUGUGAAGGUUCAGAGCUGCAUUUGGAACUA